CUUCUGUGGGACGACGUAGUUUCAAAUGGGUGUUCCCGCUCCUGUCGUUCUUUCUCUGUACUCAUCUUUUGGUUUGUCCUGGCUCACUUUAUCACCAGGCUCGUCUAGGCUGACAGAGGUUGUCCUGUUUCCAGUGCCGGAGACCAGGUGGGAGUACCUGCAUGCAGGGAAUGCAUAAAAGUAGCUGAGAAUUCAAAGAUUCAACACCUGAAAAAUAUCAAUGGAAAACAAUCUCAGUUUUGAGGAGGGCAGUGACAUGUCGUAUGAAGACAAUGACUCAGCUUUCCCCUCUCCAGUGAGACUGACUCCACCUCGCCUAAGCGGCAUCUAUGACCUGGAGCAGGGGAGGCAGGAGGAGGAGGGCGAGAAUGAGCCACCUAUGAAGGCCGUCGCCAUCCCCAGUGUUUCAGAAGCUUACCUGAACCUGAACACCAAUGCCACCACCAGGGGGGAUGCUCAAGCCUAUGUGGAGCUGAAUGAGCUCCAGGGCAACACCUGGCAGGAGACUGGCCGCUGGGUGGGCUACGAGGAGAACCUUAAUCCUGCUACAGGAAUAUGGAGUCCUUCUCAUGUCUCUUACCUCACCUUUAAGAGCCUGAUCCAGCUGCGCAAGACCAUGAGCACAGGGGCUGUGAUCUUCGACAUGAACGCCAGCAGUCUGUCUGCUGUGGCCGAGAAGGUGGCCGAUGAGCUACUGAACAAGGGUGAGAUCCGCGCAAGUGAUCGUGAAGGCCUGCUGAGAGCUCUCCUCAUGAGACGCAGUCAGACUGAAGGACCUGUGGUGACUCCCUCUGGAGACAUUGAGAUGCAGACUUUUUCUGUAACCAAGAAGAGAGACAGCUCUGACAACAUGGAGGCCUCAGUUGUCCUCUCAGGUGCCCUGGACCUCCUGGAGAAACCAGUUGUGGCUUUUGUGAGGUUGACUGACUCUGUGGUGAUUGAGUCUGCCCUGGAGAGUCCCGUCCCUAUUCGCUUUGUCUUUGUGUUGGUGGGCCCCAGCCAGAGCGAAAUAGACUACAGUCAAUGUGGCCGCGCCAUGGGUGCUCUGAUGGCCGACUGGGUGUUCUGUCUGGAGGCGUUCUUGGCCCAGACCAACACAGAUCUGACCAACGCCAUCGCUGACUUCAUGGACUGCAGCAUUGUGAUUCCUCCCACUGAAAUCCAAGAUAAAGGAAUGCUUGAGCCAGUUAUUAAUUUCCAGAAGAAGAUGCUGCGUGAAAGAGUCCGUCCCAACGACAGCCGUCUGGCCUUUGGUGACAGGGUCAAAGUUGAGAAACCUCCAGAGGAGCCGCGGGAGGACCCUCUGGCCCGUACAGGCUAUCCUUUUGGCGGGAUGGUGAAGGACUUGAAGCGCCGUUUCCGUCACUACAUCAGCGACUACACAGACGCACUGAACCCUCAGGUCCUCGCUGCCGUCAUCUUCAUCUACUUCGCCGCCCUGUCUCCGGCCAUCACUUUUGGAGGCCUUCUGGGUAAAAGAGAGCUCAAGAUAGAGAGUGUCUAUUCUCUCAGUUUAUUGACCUUUGAUAUUAUUAAUUAUUUUCUCUUUUAUCUAACUCUAGCUGACAAAACUGAUAAAAUGAUGGGCGUGUCAGAGCUCAUGAUCUCUACCAGCAUUCAGGGUGUCAUCUUCUGUCUCAUCGCCGCCCAGCCUGUCCUUGUCAUCGGAUUCUCCGGACCACUGCUGGUGUUUGAGGAAGCUUUUUUCGCUUUCUGCAAGUCCCAGGGCAUUGAGUACAUUGUGGGUCGUAUCUGGGUGGGGAUGUGGCUGGUAGUGAUCGUGAUCAUCAUUGUGGCCGUGGAAGGCAGCUUCCUGGUCAGAUUCAUCUCCCGCUUCACUCAGGAAAUCUUCUCCAUCCUCAUCUCUCUCAUCUUCAUCUAUGAGACCUUCAAUAAGCUCAUCAAGAUCUUCAAAACCCACCCUCUGAUUCUGAACUACGAUCAUCUGAACGACUCAAUGGAAAACCCCUUCCACCCGCUCGUCAAGGAGCACAUUGAGUACCAUCCAGAUGGCAACGUAACCAUUCAUGAGCUUGAGGUUGAAAGGCCCUACCCCAACACUGCCCUGCUGUCCAUGUGCCUGAUGUUUGGUUGCUUCUUCAUUGCAUACUUCCUCCGCCAUUUCAAGAAUGGUCAUUACUUCCCUGGCCCGCUUCGUCGUUUGAUUGGAGAUUUCGGUGUCCCCAUUGCUAUUUUCUUCAUGAUUGCAGUGGAUAUCAGCAUUGAGGACGCUUACACUCAGAAACUGGUUGUGCCAAAAGGUGUUGAGGUGACCAACCCCAAAGCCAGGGGCUGGUUCAUCAGCCCCAUGGGAAUAAAAAAACCUUUUCCCUAUUGGAUGAUGGGCGCCUGCUGUGUACCAGCACUGCUCGUCUUCAUCCUCAUCUUCCUGGAGUCCCAGAUUACUACGCUGAUUGUGAGCAAACCUGAGAGGAAGAUGGUGAAAGGAUCUGGUUUUCACUGGGAUCUGCUCAUCCUGGUCACCAUGGGAGGCAUUGCCUCUAUUUUCGGGGUGCCAUGGCUGAGCGCUGCUACUGUGCGAUCUGUCACCCACGCCAACGCUCUCACUGUCAUGACCAAGGGCCCGAAACCAGAGAUUGAGAAGGUGAUAGAGCAGAGGAUCAGUGGCAUUCUUGUGGCCAUCAUGGUUGGUGUUUCUAUUUUCAUGGAACCUAUUCUGAAGAUGAUUCCUAUGACAGCCUUGUUCGGCAUCUUCCUCUACAUGGGUAUUACCUCUCUGAGUGGAAUCCAGAUGUGGGACAGGAUGCUUCUGUUGAUUACACCAAAGAAAUACCAUCCCUCUGAGGCCUAUGCCACCAGGGUGAAGACCCUGCGUAUGCAUCUAUUCACUCUGAUCCAGCUCGUGUGCCUGGCUCUCUUGUGGAUGGUGAAGAUCAGUCCCUUCUCCCUGGCACUGCCUUUUGUUCUCAUUCUCACCAUUCCUCUGCGCAUGGUCAUGACCGGCACGCUCUUCACUCCCAUGGAGAUGAAAUGUCUGGACGCAGAUGAUGCCAAAGUGACAUUUGAGGAGGAACCUGGGAAGGAUGUGUACGAUGAGUGCCCACUCCCAUAAACAACACCAUAUCAUUCAUGUUUCAUUCACAAACUUUCAAAUGAACUAAUUUCAUGACUGCCAUUAAUCUUUAAAAAUAUGUAUUGUUGUAAACAUACAGUUUCAAACUAUUCUGUUCUGUUAUUAUUAUUUGUCUUUAAAGGAAAUUACCUCUCAUUUCUAGAAUUCAUACAUUAUUCCAAUAGCUGAAUCUGUGUUUCUUCAUCUUUUAGUUUGGGGUUUAUUGACAAUGCUUCCCUUUUUUUGUUUCUUAAAUCAGACUGUUUAGUGAUUUUAUGAUGGAGAAACAUUUGAUGUAUUUAAAUCAGAAGUAUUUUCCCUUCAGACGUGAAGUAAAUCCAUUUAUACGUUUUUUUCUUUAGUGCAUAACUACAGUAUAGCUUUAGAAUACCAGUGGUGCCACAUUGUAGAUCUGCUCAUGUUGUAAUAACAUGACUGCACCUAACUUAAUGUUCCCUAUUUAAGUUAAACACAUUUGAUCUAUUCACUUCUUUACACAUGCACAAAUAAUGCAUUUUCAUGGGACUAUCACACCAGCCUUUAGCCCCAUACAGUAGCCUUCCUUUGUUUAUUUUCAAAAUGUGUUUUCAAUUACCUAAGUGUUCCCCAUUUGACAUAUUGUGUAUGGUUUUCCUGAAGAAUUUGGUCUCUUCUGUUCCUGUUUAGAAUGUGUAUAGAAAGCUGUGUAACGCACUUAUAUCCGAUUGAUUAUUGCUUUUAUGAUUAUAUAAUGUGAUAAAAAGUGAUGGGUGGAUAGUGUAUGAUGAAAUAUAAUUAUUUGAGCCGGAUGUCGUACUUAUGAUAUAAUCAGGGAAAAGCUUAAUUGUAAAUGCAUCCUAUUAUGCCUUUUUGUGUUGCCUACCAUGUGUUUGUGUGCCUGAAACACUGUACAUGCUAUGGAUUUUCAUUUUAUUAAAAAUAAAAACAGCCUAUAAA